AUGGAAAACGAAGUAACCUCCCCUCUCCUUGGUGGCUCACCGGAAAAUCAACCGGAAAAUCAAGCAAACACCGUUAAUGACAGUGACAUUGUUCCCGAAGUCUCAACGGAAAUUGGUUCAGAGGAAACGGAAAUCCUCACAAAGGUGACAAAAUCGUCCACGGCCGAAGGGAGCGCCGCCGGAAAUGUCUCUGACAGUAUCGAAGAAGCCUCCGCCGAUGACUCUCUCCUCCAAACCCCAAAUGAAGCCGACGACUCUCUCACCGGGGGAAUCCCCGCCACUGGCUUCACCGGAGUGAAAUUGAUGAUAAUACUCUCUUGUCACUUCCUAGUGGGAGUUGUCAUGUACUGGGUCUUAGAAGACCAAUAUUCUGGGACAAAGACACACCCGCUCGUAGAUGCAAUGUAUUACUACGUUGUGACAAUCACCACCGUGGGUUAUGGCGACAUUGUGCCGUCAACUGUGGCGACGAAGAUUGUUACCGUCAUCAUGGCACUAAGCGGCGUUGUAUGCUUGGAUGUAUUCCUCGGUUUUACUGUGAGUGCCCUAGUCAAUUAUCAGGAAAAGAUGACGGGAGGAACUCGCUUUACUAAUCUCGUUGCAUCAGUGUUCUGCGUCUUCUUCUGUAUAACCCUAGGUUCCUCAUUUCUAUAUGCUUUUGAGGGUCUCGGAUUCUGGGAUUCGGUCUACUUGUCUGUCGUGUCGGCCACAACAGUUGGCUAUAGAGACGUGUUCUUCACAACUCUUGUAGGUAGAUUGUUCGGAUUCUUCUGGAUACCCACAACGACAAUAGCUAUGGCCGCGUUAGUUUCCCGGUUGGAAGAGAUAAGGAUGGAAACUGUCCCGCCGCGGACUGAUGAGAUGAAGAUGCUUUCGACUGAUGAGAUUGAGAUGUUUGUGACGACAUUCUUGAAAGAAACCGGCAAGCUCGACGAUGAAGAUAUGGAGCGAUUCCACAAGAAGUUCCAGGAUCUACGUUUGAUGACCAACUCGGCUUGA